AUGGGUGCCAUCACCCGUAUUCUCUCGCGGCCGGUUAAUAAACCGUACCGCACAAAAGACCUUCACUCCAAUGAACCCCCCUUCAUAAACGAACAAGGCUACAUCGACUUCGCCCCCGGAGAUGUCGAGAACCCGAGAAACUGGUCAAUGGCCAGACGGUUUUUCAUCACCGCCGCGACCGUCUUCCUCGUCAUGAACGCCACUUUUGCUUCCAGCGCCCCCAGUGGCUGCUUCCCGUCCAUUGCGGAAUCCUUCGAUGUUUCUAUGGAGGCUGCUGGCCUGACAAUUACUCUCUUCUUGCUUGGAUAUUGUGCUGGCCCGCUCAUCUUCGCCCCCUUGAGCGAACUCUAUGGCCGUCGCUGGAUCUUCUACUCUACCUUCACACUCUACCUGGCUUUUAACUUCCUCUGCGCCUUUGCGCCCAACUUUGGCAGUCUCCUCGUUGGCCGUUUCCUUUCAGGCACCUUUGUCUCUGCGCCACUCAGUAAUGGACCCGGUGUCUUGGCUGAUCUGUGGAACCCUAUCCAGCGUGCAAAUGCCAUGGGCGGCUUCGCAGCCAUGCUUUGGAUUGGACCCUCGCUUGGUCCUAUUAUCGCAGGUUUCCUGGAACUCAAGAAAGACUGGCAAUGGACCUUCUAUGUCCUCCUCAUGCUUGGUGGCGCCUCAGCCCUCUUCAUGCUGACUAUCCCCGAGACCCAUGCCCCAACUGUCUUGCGCCACAAGGCUAAGCGCAUCCGCAAGGCCAAGAUUCCUGGUUAUGAGAAUGUCAAGGCUCAGAUCGAAGACAGCAACCAAAGCUUCGUUGGCGUCUACAAGGUUGCUCUCACUCGGCCAUGGAUCAUCCUCUUCGACCCCAUCUCCUUCCUCAUCGCCAUCUAUCUCUCGGUCGUUUACACUCUGCUCUACAUGCUUUUCACUAUUUACCCCAUCGUCUUCCAGGAGAAACGUGGCUGGAAUGCAGGAGUUGGCGAGCUCCCAUUGCUUGGCACAGUUUUGGGUGCCAUGUUUGGCGGCGUCAUCGUCAUCUUUGAUACACGCCGUCAGCAAAAGAAGAUCGACACCGGCAUGAAACAAAUGCACGAGAUGACUCCCGAGGAUCGUCUUCCCCUGGCUAUCACUGGCGGCAUCACCUUUGCAGUGGCCAUGUUCUGGUUCGCUUGGUCAGCUAACUUUAACUCCGUCCACUGGAUCGUUCCCACCAUUGCCGGAGGCUUCCUUUCCACCGCCCUCCUGCUACUCUUCGUCGGCUUCCUCAACUACCUCGUCGACGCCUACCUCAUGUACGCCGCCUCCGCCAUCGCCGCCAACACCAUCAUGCGAUCCGCCUGCGGUGCCGCCGCCCCCCUCUUCACCGUCCAAAUGUUCCACGCCCUGGGCGUCGGCGGCGGUGGUUCUCUCGUCGGUGGUGUCGCCGCUGUCCUCGCCAUCAUCCCAUUCAUGUUCUACAAAUACGGCGCCGCCAUCCGCGCCCGCAGUCGCUUCAACCCCAAGGGCUUCAAGCCCCCCACCAAGGACGUAGAGGCCGCCCCCGCAGGUGUCGUCCUGGAGGACCCCGACGAAGGCGAAUCAGAAGAUUCCGAGUCCGACUCCGGCGCCAGCACUGUGGCUGGAGAUGAGAGCGGAGAGAAGAAGACCGAUGAGAAACAUGCCGGACACAAGCGAGAAGAAGCCGGCGAACACACAGAAGCAUCUGCUUCUACCGAGAAGGUGAAGUCAGAAGAAGCUGUUUGA